CAUCCAAAAAAAUAAAGUUUUGAAGAACUAGCCGUAGCCCAAGUCAUUUGCCAAAACAGAUGUGCACUCUGUGGCAGUUCAGAUGUUUGGGCCAGCCAAAGAAAGUCCAACUCACUUGCUUUCUGCUUUCCAACUUAUACGAACCGAUAUAUGAGUCCAAAUUUGACUCUCACACUCUCAGUAUACACAGAAAGAAGAAAAAUUUCAGCAUGUGGUCGUUUUUCAAAUCAUUGAAUCCCUUUGGAGGAGAAGAUGAUGAAACAGCAGCAGAAUCAUCAUCUUCAAGUUCAGUUGAAGCCAGAGAAAUUCUAGCAGAGCCACCUAUAAAUGGAAUGCUGUACUUACCAAGGGAUUUACUAAAAGACAUCUUUCUUCGUGUGCCAAUGAAGUCGAUAGCACGAUCCAGGUGCGUAAACAAAAAAUUGUGUAUGGUAUUAGAUGAUGAAUUUGUUAAGGAGAAACGAAAACAUGAUAAAAAACUGAAUGUGGAUUAUAAGAUCAUGAUCCAUAACGAGAAUGUUAUAGAAAAUGGUUGAUUAUGAGACUUCAAAUUCUAAAUGUAAACACUCUCGUCGUAUCCGGUACCCUUUUGGAAAAUACAAGAGAGGAUUUGAUUUUUUUGAAUGUUGUAAGGGUUUGGUUUUGUUAAGGCAUGUUGCAAGGGAUUCUGGCAAUACUCUUGUCAUUUGGAACCCAUGUACAGAUGAAUUUAAGAAACUACCUGUUUACCCACCAUUUGAAUCAGAUAUAGAUAUGGCCUCUGUAGAGUUUGGAAUUGGUUAUGAUUCUCAAGCUGAAGACUUCAAAGUGGUAAGCAUAGAGGCUAUUAGGGGGAAAAAUGGAGUGAGGUUCAGAUUUAGGUUAAGAACAAGUUCAUGGGAAAGAUUGAAGGAUCUCGUUAUUGAAGAUCUCUCUUUCGGUUCACUACCUGAUAUGGCUCGUAUACCUGUUAAUGGAACACUCAGUUGGAUAGUAGAUAAAAGUGGAUUCAAAGUUAUUGUUUCUUUUGAUUUUGAGAAAGAAGAAUUCAAAGAAAAGAAGAUGGCUUACUUGUUCAAUGAAAGUUACAGAACAACUUUGUGUGUUCUGAAAGAGUCUCUUUGCCUAUUAGGUUUUAAGCAUUUUGACCGUUUUGCUGGUAAAGUGGGGGAGUUAAACUUAAAGGGUAAAGGAAAGACAACAUCAGGGACUGAAUUGUUCACUAUUAAAUUACAAAACCACUUUGGAUAUGUUAGAAAUUUAAUGCCUUUACAGUAUUUUGGGAGCGGUGAAGUUUUAUUAAGCAUAGAAAUCGAUGAUGGUUCUUUUAUUGUUCUGUAUGACCCACAGUAUGACACAGUUACAACCCUUUACGAGUAUUUAGAUCCGGGACUUUGCUGCUCUUCACACACUUCUAUCUUUCUAAAGAGCCAGAUUUCACUUAACACGGGGACUUACCUACGUGAAUAUGCUGAUUGAAAGACUUGUGUAUCAAGGCAGAAACAUAUGGAGGACUCUGACUAAGAAGCAACUCUUAGAUUACCUGUAAACGAUGUACAAGUCUUUUUCAUUUGCCCAUGUGAGUCUUACUUAGUUUCCUAUUUCUACAAGUCUUGUUUGUGAAUCUAAGAGUUCAUUUGUUGUUUAUGAUCAUGACACUGUCGAUAAUCUAAUACUCGGCUAUUACUGUUUUUCUGUUAAAUACAA